AUGCCCCAGGUCGAGUCGGCCGCUGCCUCGGAGGGGCCGGCGCCGCCGCAGGACGCAUGGGUCGUUGAGUUCCGCCGUCUCCUCCCGCGGUGGGAGUCACUGCGCGAUUCCUCAAAGGUCAUUAUCCCGAUUUCAAUAUCUAGGGUCAACCAGUUUGAUGCUGCAAGGCUAGAUGUUGAGAUGUCUGCCAUGUUGAAAGAGCAGCUACUCAAGGUGUUCUCCUUGGUGAAGCCAGGACUCUUGUUCCAAUACGAGCCUGAACUUGAUGCUUUCCUUGAGUUCCUCAUCUGGAGGUUCUCAAUUUGGGUUGACAAGCCAACCCCAGGCAAUGCAUUGAUGAACCUGAGGUAUAGAGAUGAGCGGGCAGCACCCAUCACUGGAAAAGAAGUUAGAACAGGUUUGGAAGGACCUGGGCUCUCUGUUUAUCAAAAGAUCUUUUAUUGUAUUAGCUUUGUUGGUGGCCAAUAUAUAUGGUCACGACUACAGUCUUUUUCUGCUUUCCGUCGAUGGGGCGAUUCUGAACAGAGACCACUAGCACGUCGUGCUUGGGGCUUAGUGCAGAAUGCUGAAGUAUUGUAUAGGGCUGCUUCAUUCUUUAACCUAUUAUUGUUUCUUCAUGGUGGGAGGUACAAAACUAUUGUAGAAAGGAUUCUGAAAGCAAGAUUUGUUUAUGGGAGCCCCAACAUGAACAGAGCUGUUAGCUUUGAGUACAUGAAUCGGCAGCUGGUCUGGAAUGAGUUUUCGGAAAUGUUGCUUUUGCUUCUUCCUCUCCUAAACUCGUCAUCAGUAAAGAAGUUCCUUCUCCCCUUCUCCAAAGAUAAGUCAGCAGAUUCUUCUGGCAACGAAGCAGAUUGUCCUAUAUGUCGGUCCAGCCCUAGCAUUCCUUUUAUUGCUCUUCCAUGUCAACACAGGAUUGCUAGGGUUGGUGUUGGUUACACUAGCUUUGGAAACGACUAUUUGAUCAUUCAAAGAAAUUGUCAAAGCGUGAAAAAGAAUGCUGUUUAUAGUAUCUAA